CCUUCCGGCUCGCGGCGGUCGCCCCCACUGGAAUUCGGGCUGUCUUGACCUGGGACUUCUGGCGCGACUUAGUUCAGGUCACUUUGGGGCCGAAUCCCGAAAGAGUGUAUUUUCAGGAGGAACCCGAAGGCGGGACGCUUCCAGGGGGUGUGAAAGUCACAAAUGUCGUCAAAUGAUGGAAGAUCCAGGAUUCGGGAGAGGGGCUACAAUGAGGUCCCAGGGGACUUGCCUCAUCAAGAUGGCACCAUAAGAACCCUCCAUACUCUUCACGACAGUGAGCUGGCUGUAAGCGCUGAUCCUUUGCCACCUCCCCCUCUCCCAUUACAGCCACCAUUCGGCCCAGACUUCUACUCAAGUGACACUGAGGAACCAGCCAUUGCACCAGACCUCAAGCCCGUAAGACGCUUUAUCCCUGACUCCUGGAAGAACUUCUUCAGGGGAAAGAAAAAGGACCCAGAAUGGGAUAAGUCAGUGUCUGAUAUCAGAUACAUCUCCGAUGGCGUGAAAUGUUCACCUCCUGCCUCUCCAUCAAGAUGCAACCACCGUUCUGCCCCCAGCUCCUACAAAGAUCCUUCUGGAGGGUCAGAAGGCACUUUUAAUUCCCCAAAAGAGUCUGAUGGGAUGUUUCCCCAGGAUCCCUAUGCAUCUCUGGACCGACACACACAGACAGCUCGAACAUACAGUGAGAAGGUGGAGGAGUACAACCUGAGGUAUUCCUACAUGAAGUCUUGGGCAGGUCUGCUGAGAAUUCUGGGUGUGGUGGAGCUGCUUCUGGGGGCCGGAGUCUUCGCAUGUGUCACAGCUUACAUUCACAAGGACAGCGAGUGGUAUAACUUGUUUGGAUAUUCACAGCCGUAUGGCAUGGGAGGCGUUGGUGGCCUGGGCAGUAUGUAUGGGGGCUAUUACUACAGUGGCCCCAAGACCCCUUUUGUACUGGUGGUUGCUGGAUUAGCUUGGAUUGCUACCAUUAUUGUUCUGGUUCUUGGCAUGUCCAUGUAUUACCGAACUAUUCUUUUGGACUCUAAUUGGUGGCCCCUAACUGAAUUUGGAAUUAAUGUUGCCUUGUUUAUCUUGUACAUGGCGGCAGCCAUAGUCUAUGUGAAUGAUACCAACCGAGGUGGACUUUGCUACUAUCCAUUAUUUAAUACUCCAAUAAAUGCAGUGUUCUGCCGAGUAGAAGGAGGACAAAUAGCAGCAAUGAUCUUCCUUUUUGUCACCAUGAUUGUCUAUCUUAUCAGUGCUUUGGUUUGCCUAAAGCUCUGGAGGCAUGAGGCAGCUCGGAGACACAGGGAAUAUAUGGAACAGCAGGAGAUAAAUGAGCCAUCAUUGCCAUCAAAAAGAAAAAUGUGUGAAAUGGCCACCAGUGACAGACAGAGAGACCCAGAAGUUAAUUUCAAAGACUUGAGAACAACAAAAAUGAAACCUGAAUUGCUGAGUGGACACAUCCCUGCGGGCCACAUUCCUAAACCCAUUGUGAUGCCUGACUACAUGGCAAAAUACCCUGUGAUUCAAACAGAUGAUGAACGGGAACGCUAUAAAGCUGUGUUCCAAGACCAGUUUUCAGAGUAUAAAGAGCUAUCUGCAGAAGUUCAAGCUGUCUUGAGGAAAUUUGAUGAGCUAGAUGCAGUAAUGAGCAGGUUGCCACAUCAUUCAGAAAACCGACAGGAACAUGAAAGAAUUUCAAGAAUCCAUGAAGAGUUUAAGAAAAAAAAGAAUGAUCCUUCAUUUCUGGAAAAAAAAGAACGCUGUGAAUACCUCAAGAAUAAACUCUCUCACAUAAAGCAAAGAAUUCAGGAAUAUGAUAAAGUAAUGAAUUGGGAUAUAAAUGGUUAUUCUUAAACCUUAUCUGAAACAACUUUUUUAUAACAAAUUUGCUAUUUAUUUACUGCUUUUUUUAUGCUAGUCUCUGUGGUAGAGAAGAAAGUGCCUCUUCAAUCUGAUCCUCAUUGGCCUAACUGGCAUGCAAUGUUAAUCAGUAUGAUUUGCUCAAACAUUUCAGAACAGUUUCAGCUCAUUGGGAGACUGAGGCAGGAUGAUUUUUAAGUUCAAAGCCAACUUGGGCAAUGUCUUAAGACCCUGUCUCAAAACUAAAAUUAAAAAAAGAUCUGGGGAUGUAGCUCAGUGAGAGAGACCCUGGGUUCACUCCCCAGUACUGGGAGGAAAAAUCAAAUCUACUAAGGGCCUUCACUGAGAUGGGAGAAAUCCUGUAUUCAUCUGUGUACAGUUCCAUAUUUGUUUAUGUCAUUAAAAUAUGUUGUAGAGCCAGGCAUGGUAGUGCACGCCUAUAAUCCCAACGGCUUGUGAGGCUGAGACAAGAAAAUCGCUAGUUUUCAAAGCCAGCUUCAGCAACUGUGAGACCCUAAGCAACUCAGUGGGACCCUGUCUCUAAAUGAAAUUCAAAAUAGGGCUGGGGAUGUGGCUCAGUGGUCGAGUGCCCCUGAGUUCAAUCCCUGGUACCAAAAAAAAAAAAAAAAGUAUUGUAACUUAGAGAUCAUAUCUUUGUUGUGUGAUGAGCAAGUAGACUCUCCUCCUGGUGCUGCUUUUUCCUAUACUCAGGCAGGUUCCUAUAUUUUUUCUAGGACAAAUUUCCUAAGAGAAAUUCUUAAAAGGUUCUUCCUAAGGAAAAAUGGAUGAUAGCUUUUCACAGGUGUCAUUUUUUCCCUUGAAAGAGAGUUGAUUCCCAGAUUGACAUUAUCAGGCUCUGUGAUUUGGGGCAAGUUGCUUGACCUCUCUGUACUUGUUUCCUCUUCUGUAAAAUGAGACUAAAAUAGUACCUACCUCAUAGAUUGGUAAUGAGGAUUAAAUGUAUUCACAGUUGUAAAGGGUUUAGAAGGAGCCUCUUGACAAUAAGCACUACAUUAGGGUUGUGAACUCUGUAGGAGUGUUUGUGAAGUGAAUAAACUUCAUAGACUGAGUCUCAAGAAGAGGUCCAUGGUGAGCAAACCCAGCCAACUGACUAAAGGCCACAUGUCUCAUGGUUUUCUUUUUGUCCUGUUAACCCUUAUCCACACAUGAACUUAGGCAGAUGCUUCUCCAUGGUUCUGUGGCCCAUCGGGGUCCACCUCAGCCUCCCUGUCUUCAAUCAAUGUCACUCUGCACGACUCCAUGUCCCCACAGCCCAGGCUUUCCUGUACACGUGGAGCAGCAGGACUCUGUGAAUGUUGUUCCCCUUACAUCCCCUUAGACAUCCAUCCGAAUGUCCCCUGAUAUUAUAUUGCUUGUUCUAGUGUUUAUUGUUAAUGUUUCAUUCCUUAGUUCCCAGAAUGCUUAGGCUGUGCUGUUUCUGAAGAGGUAACACCUAGGGAAGUGUGAGACCAGGAGAGCCUCUGACUAGAGCAACCUCGCCUUCUGUGUCAUGUUCUGGGGCCUCACAUUAGCAUUCUACUUUAAGAAGAGUUUCAGUGCUUUUAUUUAAAAAAAGUAAAAUAUUACCAUUUUGGUAUACUGUAAAUGAUUAGAUUAAUAUUGAAACUAAAUGUUAAGGAAAUUCGACUUUGUGAAACUUUAUUUUACAAUUGUGUUAAUCUUCGAAAUAAAUGCUAUAACACUAAUUUUUAAAAUUUUUUACAUUAAUAACUAGGUAUAUUAAAAUUUCAAUUACCUGUUA